CGCAAAGGAUUGUAAGGUCAGUGUCAUUGGGUGGGUACACAAUGUCCCGCAAUCCGGAUUCUGGGGGAUACAGCCAGAGUUAUAAAUUAGUUGUUGUCGGUGGCGGAGGAGUGGGAAAAAGUGCCUUAACUAUACAAUUUAUACAGUCCUACUUUGUGACGGACUAUGACCCCACGAUAGAAGAUUCCUAUACCAAACAAUGUGUUAUAGAUGAAGUUGUGGCCAGACUAGACAUUCUGGACACAGCAGGCCAGGAGGAGUUCAGUGCCAUGAGAGAGCAGUACAUGAGGUCUGGGGAGGGCUUCCUUCUUGUGUACUCCGUCACGGACAUCAGCAGUUUUGAAGAGAUUUACAAGUUCCACAAGCAGAUAUUGCGUGUGAAAGACCGAGAUGAAUUUCCGAUGAUCCUUGUAGCAAACAAGUCCGACUUAGAGCAUCAGAGGGAUGUAUCCCAGGAUAAAGGUAUAGAGCUGGCCCGCAGUUUGAAAAUAAGUUAUAUUGAAGCAAGUGCCAAAAAUAGAACAAAUGUGGACCAGGCAUUUUACGAAUUGGUUAGAAUUAUCAGGAAAUUUCAGGCUGAGGAACGACCUCCAGUGAAACCCCCAGGCAAGAAGAAGAGGCGAUGUUCAAUACUGUGAUAGAUGUCUUGUCAUGAGCAGCUAAACAAUAAUAUAACACUGAUGGACAUCAUGGAUGCAUUUGAUUCCCUGUUGUCAUGGUAACAGUCGCCACGGUAACUCUGAAUGUUUGUGGUGCUUGAGCCAGGGUCGAGAGCAGCAGACAUCCACUGACCGAGACCACGCUUCCACUCGACCUCCGUUGACCAACCGUGGGACUGACCCCAAAUUUGUGCUUGUAUUUUUUCAUUUCCCCCAAAUCAGGUUUCUAUAUUCGAGGCAUAUUUUUUACUUUCUUAAGUUGGUAUGCAAGGGAAAAAGUAAUUUGUCAUUCCAUUACUUCUAUAUUAAUGAUACUAAGGUUAAUAUGUAAAAAUGGUGUAUUUUGUUACUGAAUGAUUCUGAGAUACUAUAAUACAUGUGGAGAAUGAAAGAACAGCUGAGUAUGGGACAUUUGCAAACUGACAAAUGCAUAAUUUUGGUGUUCAUUUCCAUGACUUGUUUUAUCUGGUCUUCUAUUCUGACUUCUGUGUAGAAAUGAUGUUUUGUACGAGUGUGCUGAAAGACCGUGCAUCCUCACUAGGUGUGUCUGUGACGCAUCCAGUGUUUAUUUGAAGUGAGUUGAGUACAUAGUGUUUAGUUACCAGCUGCUUCUAAAGCAUGUGAAUGCAUCUGCAUGAUACUAUAAUAUACUGCAAUGUAAUUGUAUGAGCUGAGUGGAGCUGUGUUUCUGUGGCUUAUGAUGAUUUAUUAUUUUACCUAACAGAGGGUAUCUGGGGUUAAAGGAUGGGUGGGUGUAAAUAUUUGUCUACAUGUUUCACUCAGGAACUGGUCCUUUAUUAAUGGGGCAAGGGAGUUUUUUCAUCAACGAAUUGACCGAAAAAUUAACCCACUAGAACAUUCUUUUUUUCAAGGCUCUUCUGUAAAAAUGAUGGUCUCAUCCCAAAUGACACAUGGUUGGUAAUGAUGAGAGAAGAUGGGACACUUAUGGUUAACAGGACUGUUUCAAGACACGUUUUUGCCUUAAAGCAUGGUUAAUAUAAAUCAGACCAUUUUAAUCUUGUUAACUGUCCAUGAUUUCAAGACCCUCCUCAAGUAGGUAAAUGACCAGUUCUUUAUAACAGGGAAUGUUUGUGCACGUAUCCAUUAUGAGUUCAUUGAAAAUAUUCAUAUGGUAUUCAAAAUAUCAGUCAUAUACAAGGCAACCUGUACCUUGUUGGUGAUUAUACAUCAGUGGUUUUGUUGCUUUACUUACAGGAAGUGCCAAUUCUGCAGCUUAGACAUUUCCUUUUGUUCAUUUUAGAAAAUCUGUACUGAUAUAAUUGAUUUUUAGAUUCAGUUUUAGGGGAUGACAGGUCUGUACAGUUUUGUACAGUGGUAAUCAAAAUAUGAAAAUGAAUGAGGCAUUAAGCAAGAUCUAUGCAGGGAUAUGAUAUCAUUUCCUCAAUAAAAUAUGAUAUUUCCAGAAAAGGAACCCUAUUAGAAUAAUUCAUGAUCUGAUAAGGGUAUUUUUGCCAAAUAAAAUGCAUUAUCAUGUGAAUCACCCUCACAUUCGUUCCUUAUACUUGUUUAAGCUAUGAUAGACAGUACAAGCAUGGGCACUUCCAUAUUGGCUUAUGCUGUGCUCUUUGUCUGCAGUCUGUUAUGUGUAGAACAUACAGUUUGCUGCCUUUCACAAUGGUUAAAAGGUUGUUGAUGUUCAUAUGUGAUUGUUCCUUGAAAAGGCCAUGUAAGCCUAGAAACUAAUUCUUCUUGGGCAAUAGCUGUACUUCAAAUUUUGGGAAACAAUAUUCCUAUUAUUAUCAUGAUCAGAUUUGAGGGAAAGUGACAUGUAAAGGGAGCCAUGAGUAAAAGUGGAUAAGAGGAUUUACUUUAUGAGGUAGAACAGGGAAAUAUUUUUUAGAAUAGAUUCAAAUAAUGUGCCAGUUUGUCUAGGUAUAUACAGGUUUGGUAAGGACAGAUAAUAGACAAUGUCAUUCGAUGAUGUCACUGUUAAUAGGGAAGUGUCGGUUUAUCUGUGGUGGUUUUAGUGGGUGAAUGAGUCACACAUUGCUUUGAUGCAUGUCCAGUAUCCAUAAUAGGUUAGGAAGACUGAUGACAAGUCCCAUUGAGGUAAUGCUUCCUGUAGACUUCUCUAUGAACAUGCUAGCCCUGUUGUGAACCCACCCCUUGACUUUAGUGUUAAUGAGUUCUUUAAGCAGGGUUAGACAUUAAGGUGAAUACAAGAAUGUAUUGGCAUUCAGUGUGAAGUAGAUUGGGUGUAUCUCCUCCUAAGAUACUGUAAUGAAAUGCCCCGAGGACCUUGAUCCCUUGGUCAUUCCUCUAAACCUGUUGGUUACGAAUGCUUGUUACCAUCAGGGGUCACAGUGCUGAAAAUAACAGUGGCUGUAGGUUCAUGGGUUCAGAUCUGAACAUGGGUCAUCUUACAGAAAACAUUUAUGAUGGGUUGAACAACCAUUUGUAUGUAUCCAUAGUAUGUCAUAAGGGAUUUGUCAGGGAUAUUUGAUGAGCUUGUCUCAAUGGGAGGCUGAUGGCCUCAGUAGGAUACUGAUGGUUGACAUCUUACUGAUGUAUAUGGAGCUAGUUGUGAGAUCUGUUUCUAGUCCUGGGUGCCAUUGUACAAUUCAACCUUAGCACCAUGACUGUCAUAAGGUUAAGAUAGGGUACUUACGAUCACUUUAGUGCUAUGAUCCCUUUCUACAACAGCUUGACUUCAGGCCAGUAUACAGAGUUGCAUCCCUUACUUGCACCAGGAUCCAAUGAAUGGUUUCUCAUCACCACACCCAUGCUCUUAGGUUUCAGAGUGAAAUCUUCUUGCUUCUUUAACAGAAAUCUUGUGUUCGGAGUGUUUAUUCACUGUCAGUAAUGACAGGGUAGGUAGCAAGACGUCACCAGUCAGGAAUAUAGCUGGUGAAUAUGCUGGUGAUUACAGCAGAUGUGAACUAUUACUCAAUACAUUUCCAUAACACACUGGUCCUGUGAUAGUAUUCCGGUAGCGUGUAUGUUAGUGUGUUACACUGUACAGAGGAGGUCAGCAAGUAGAAACAUCACUAAGAAAAUCAAAAGGCUGGACGAUAAUCAGUGCUACUUCAGAAAUAGGCAAGCUCAACACAUUUUCUUUGCCAUCUCAUAGGAUUGUCAUAUUCUUUUAAUUAAUACCCUUUUUUGUGGUUAGUAAUUAAUGUAGUCAACAUUGACAAUGUGAUUGAUCACAUACUAAAUAUUAUAGUAAUUUUGCAAAACAUCACAUUCUUUUAUACAGUAAUGAAUGACACAUUGAUAAAUUUUAAGAUUUCGACAAGGGUUUCCUUAAAACUUGCUAUCAUUAGUUGCUUGUGCAGUGCCAUCUGUACCAAAAUGACAGAAGUGAGAGAGAGUAGCAGACCUUUAAAGGUAAUCCUGUUUGCUCCAAAUAGAUUGUGUCCAACACUUAGCCUUGGUCCACAGUAAACAGCUACUGUAUUCUGGGCAGUGAUAAGUGUGAGCUGGCAUAUAUUGGGAUCUGUUAAUAAAGCAGUACACAUGAGGAUCUGCCUGAGUGUUGAACAGGUUGUAACAUGUAACUGUUACAAGGCCCAGCAAAACAAUACUUGUGUUUCUCAUUUCUGCUGGAACUGAAACCACCCAACCCUGAGCUUGAGCUUGUGAAAUGGUUCAGUGACAAUUUUUUCCUGAGGUUCUUUUUCAGUCAAAUGUAAAAAAAGUGAUUUCUUAAAAGUAUUACAAAUUAAACAAAAUUGACAUGCAGAAUAAAUGUUGUUAUUGACAAGUCAAAGUCCUUCUCCAGAUCUUUUGAUUGCACAAUUUUGAAGACUUUGGUUUUGGUUUGAGUGGUUUGAGGUGUCUCAGUCAGUGGAUUGGGUGGAUCAAGGAACACGUUGUUAUUGUGUGCCAUCAUAUCCACACAGUGGGGGGCGGUGGGGUAGUCUAGUGGUUAAAGCGUUCGCUCGUCACGUUGAAGAUCCGGGUUCGAUUCCCCACAUCGGGCACAAUGUGUGAAGCCCAUUUCUGGUGUACCCCUGCCGUGAUAUUGCUGGAAUAUUGCUAAAAGCGGCAUAAAAUUAAACUCACUCGCUCACAGUGUGGAUUGUUGCUCAUAGUAUCAAUCACUGGAUUGUCUGGUCCAGACUAUCAACAACUCUGGCAUACAGCUGAGAUAUUGCUGAACAUUGUGAUAAACAACAAACAAAUGGUAAUUUCUAAGUUACAGCUACGUUAAGAAAUAUUUUGUGUCAGGUGAAAGGACGAAGUGGAAAUGAGAAGCAACACGUGUUUUGAAUGGGCCUAUUUUAAAGGAUGAGAACCAAUUGUUUUAGCUGUAUGUAGCUAUGUUGAGUAGUACAUGUACUAUGAUCUGCAUGCUCGGUUACAUAAAGUGUAUUUACAUCUGAGAUUAAGCUUAACCAAACAGACAGUUGACAAAGUAUGUAUUUGAUAAUUAUUUCCAUAUUUAGUGAGAACAGAUUUAUGUUUAUGUGUUUAGUGUUCUGCAUGAAAAUUCUCAAUUCCAGAGAAAAAAAAGCCUGUUUUUUAAGCAUUUAGGUUUAAAAGGGUAUGUUAUUCUUGAUUGUAAUCCUUUCAGAUAUUGCUGGUCUAUGUGCAUAUGGAAAAUAAUUGGGAUAUGUACUUAAGGUUGCUAAAAUAUUGACUGUCCAUCCCGAUACAAAAUAAGUUCAAUAUCCCCAUGGGCUAAACUUGCCUCUAACAUGAUUCCUGGUUGGCCAUGUGGUUUCACACUGCAGCAUGCUGUGCAGAGUUGUGUCCCUUGUCACGUCAGGAACUGCUGAUGUGAGAUUUGCCCUGAUUAUGAUCCUUGGUCUGUCAACAUAUGUAGUCUUACAUGUCGGAUUCAACAAAGUGGUAAAUGUCGAGGAAUUGUUCCAAGUGUUGUAACCAAACGCGGUCACCUCAAUGAUUUCUUAGAUUAUUUGUACACAUAUAGCCUGUUUAUACACUUACCAUGAACUGCUAGACUUGGUAGAAAAGCAGUUUAUUUUCACCAAGUUGACUGAUCUACUUUUUAAACUCAUGUCAGUUCAAGAUGCUGUACAAAGGCAAGGAACAUAAUGUGAUGAUCGGAAUUGUUGUGAUGCAAGGGAGAUAACCCUGACUUUAUUUGGACGGGGAAAGUGUCAGUGUUUGUGUCAGUGUGGAAAGUACCUGCUAUGCCAAAUAUGCAUGUAACUGUAAAUUUGCUGGUGACACUUCAUAGUGGGAACACUUGACUAGAUAUUGUGAUAAAACACUUUUAUAUUACUGGACAUGAGAUUUAUACAUUGAUAUAUUAACUAAACUGAUAUUUUGUAUCUUUGAUAAUUAUUGUCUGAUUUUGAAAUAACAGAUUCAUUGAUAAAUAGAUUUUCAUAUAUCUCUCGCACUACCGUGUAAUAAUACUAGUUGAAUGUAUGGCCUGUCAUUAAUUAGGAAUUAUGUUAGAAACAUCCAGACUUUUGGGUAUGCUAAUGUUGUAUCACAGGUUUUAUACUGUCCAAAGGCAAGGAACCUAAGCAUUCUGUUGUGUUGAUUUAUGUGUGAUCAAACUACACUGAGAAGCGAAUCUAAGGCAUUAUAUUGUACUUGGUUUAUCACCCCAACUUUUGACUUUUGGUUUUACCAGCUAGCUACUUUACAAUUAGGAGAAAUUGAAAGAAAAGAAAUGAAUACAUCUCAUUGAAGUUUGUUUUCCUCCAAAGCAGUUCUAUACAGUAACAACAUUCAUAAUUAUCUGGUGCUUUGUGUCUUCUUCUACUGUGCUGAAUAUCGUGAAAUCAUUCGCCCUCAUUGGUUCAUUCUGAGCCUGAAAUGGCUGUCUUGAGCAGAAAUUCUGUUUCAAAAGACAUUUAUACAGGAAAGGAAGGGAGGUGAGGUACCUGAGUGAUUAAAGCUUUCACUCAUCACACUUUAGACCUUGGUUCAAAUCUCCACAUCCACGAUGAUAUUGCUGGAAUAUUGCUUAAAGCUGAAAUAUUGCUAAAAGCAACGUAAUACUCAAAUUACUCACUCACACUUCUGAAAGGAAGAUGUGGCAGUGAAUUGGCCAGAAUUUUUUUCAAAAUUGAAUUUAGAUAUUGAGCACUGGAUAAUUAAGAGUGGAGUAGCUAAAUCAUUUCCCAUUUUUAUCUGGCUUUUCAUGAUUCAUUAAGAUAUAACUAAUGUCUAGGUUUUGAGUGGCAUUAGUUGUUGAUGUUUAAGGAUGCAAUAGUAUUAAAAAACCAGGAGCAAAACAUUUGGUAUUUACCUUAAUGCGGGGAGAACUUGAAACAUAUGUAUAGGCUUUUGAAAUGCACAAAUCAAAGAAAUCCUUGUCACCAGUGGAAAGAACCAAAGACUGUUUGAAUUAGAACUAGCUUCGUAAAGUGAUUCAGUGAAUGUAGUUAGCAAGCUGUUACUAUUUAACUACACAUCAGAUCAUACAACACAUGUUUCCUUACAACUUAUAAUGUGAACCAACACUACCAGUAUAUAAGACCUUGGUCAGCUUUUAAACAUUGGCUUUAAGUAGUUAUUUUGUCAAUAAAAGAUGCAUCUAGUCAUGUUUCAUAGAGGGUUUGGUCAAAACACUGAUGAAGCUGAAAAAAUCAUUAGGGCUUGUAGAAACUCUUGUUUCUAUUGGAGAUCUAUCUGACAAUAGAAAUUAGCAAAAAUUCAGUUUCAAAAUCUCUUUCAGGAUUUGUCAUAUUUCAGUUUAAUCAGUAUCCAUUCAGUAUGUUUUGAAAUGUUUCCACUUUUGUGGGCAAUAGGAUUAAGAAUUGAACUCAAUUUUUUCGGCUUCAUUAUUCUUUUGACGUGCUCCACCAUAAAUAUUGUAUAUACAACUGAGUUUUUAAUUUGCAACAACAAUCAUGUAUCUCAGCUUUUCAGUGUGAACUAGUUUUGCUUAUGACAGUAUUUACUAAUGAUACUACACACCCAAAACUACUUAUGUUUUAAGGUCAUCAGCUGUUUUCUUUGCCAGUAGACAUUGCUGCACAUAGUAUAUAGUGUGGUUGUAAUCUGUUGAGACUCCAGUAUGCAUGCAGUCAUUUAUUGUUUCAUAAUUCAUUUAUUUCCAAGAUAAUCAGUUAUCACGUUCAUAACUUUCACAUAUGCUGGUUAAAGGAAGAAUAAAAUAUCUGUACUGUAUGAAUUGUAUGACGUAUUGACUUAAAGAAUCAUUUUUAGAUCUAUAAUUAUUUUCCAAUUUACUAUUUGUUAAAUUUUUAACAGACCAUAUGCAUAUUUUAGCAAUACACAAAUUAUAUUGCCAAUAAAUUUUGUUAAAGAUCAUGUACGAUAUAUUGGUAUCUGGUAAUUCUUUUGCUCUAUUUCCAUGUUUGAUAUGCACCUUGCAAAUCAUUUAGGGAAUGUGGUUUUUUUCUACAAUAUUUUUCUAUGGGAUUCUAUGUUCUACAUUAUUCAGUAAAUUUUUCAAGACCAGUUUAUAUCUUGUUAUAACAGACAAACUGAUCCACUUUACCCUUACAGUAAAACAAGUACAUGCUUUGAUCAAAGAGCAAACAAAAAGAUGUAAGAUGCACCAAUUUAUGUUGCUUUCACAUCUAAAGUUUGUAAGUUUAGAGAUUGUUAUUAAGCAAAUUAGCUUUAAAUACCACGCUAACAUUAUUUUUUCAUAUAUUUUUCGCCUAGCCUCAGCCCAUGAAUAUUGUAAAAUGAUAACGAAAUGUUUCAGAAAUAUCUAUAUGAUCUCUAUAAAACAAAAAAGUGAUAAUGUAAUAAUGUCUUAUCAGUAUGAACGAAAUUGCGGACAUCAUGAUAGUAUUGAUUUGAUGUAUUAAAUUUGUGGUUUUAAUAGCAUCCCAUAGAUAAUCGUUGAAACAGGGCAUAACUUGCUUUUCAGUUUUGAGUUUUGGGUGAAAUGUCAUAGUUUUGUACUCUUUAGAUUUUGAAUUUUGAUUUUUAUGAAAGCUUUAUAAACAAUGUUUAUUUGGAGCAUGUUGUUUAUCAGUGCCCUAAAUAUUGUAUGCUGGUGACAUGUACAAGACUGGGCAGGCUACCCGUGUAAUAACGAGUUUUGGAAGUCUUUCAGUAGUGUUCCAAGGCCUCACCAGUAAAAAAUUCCUGUUAUACAGAUUGUUUUGUCUCCUGCAACAUGGCCAAGACAAAGAGAUGAUUCAGUGGAGUAUAGGUGAAUGAUAAGUCAUUUAGAAGUAUUUAGAAGGUAUUAUCCAUAAAUAUUUUCAUGUCUUGAAUAAAUGAUGUAUUUCAGGAUUUCUAAAUUAUAUUGAUCAUUAGCCUGUUCAUUUUAAAAUAAUUUACAAUAGUUGUAUCAAAAUUAGACAUCACAUUUUGUCUUUCACUUUUGACAGGAUCAUCUGUAAAACAGGAAAAAAGAUUGGUGGUGGUGAAUCAUACUAUUUGUCUUUAUAUAAGGUAUUCCCACAUUCUUUAUCUUGGAGUUCGGAACACUAUAGGAAUCAUAACCAAGGUUGGAGAGGAUAUUAAGGGGAGGUGUUGGAAUAAUUACACUCUUUUCUACCAACAUCUGCGUUACAGUGAUAUUUUCUUCAUAUUGUAAUUAAAUGUGUAAUUAAGCAUUAUUAUUUUGAAAAUUUAUCUUGUUUAUGACAUGAAUUUUGUAAAUAAAAGCUACUGACAGUAAACAUG